CAGUGCAGGGAAGGACCCCUCGAGUUAUAUUGAGGACCGAAUUGGUGGGACUGCAUCAUUGCAGUCGGAUGGCAAUCCAAGAUCCGGGCUUCGAAAGGCUCAUCAGGCGAAAGCCCGUGGAAAGCCUCGGGACUUUGAGACUCGGUGGGCCCUACCCCGUUUCCCUUCGGGUGACGGCGCUGUGACGAGCAACUGACAGGCGCAACGAAAGGCAGCCCCUCCGCUGUCUUGGAGAAAAGCAGAAACCUAGGCUACUGGUCUCGGGAGGGAGCCGAGGGCAGUGCUUGGGGGCAGCGGGUCACAACGGCUGAAAGCGCGCGUGGGAAGCGGGGUCUCAGAGUUUCGGGAUGUCAGAGAAAGAUGUCUCUCUGGAGGAGGCGGGCUAAAGCAGGGGUCCCAGUCACCAUGGAGGACCGGCACUCCAAACAGACCAUGGAGCAGCAGGAUUCGUCCGAGGAGAGAAGUUCCCGAAGUCCGAGAGGUGACCUCUGCCACCUGGGGGCCCUGGAGUGCACCCGCUGCCUCAUCACUUUCGCCGAUUCCAAGUUCCAGGAGCGCCACAUGAAGCGGGAGCACCCAGCGGACUUCGUGGCCCAGAAGCUGCAGGGGGUCCUCUUCAUCUGCUUCACCUGCGCCCGAUCCUUCCCCUCCUCCAAGGCCCUGAUCACCCACCAGCGCGGCCACGGUCCAGUGGCCAGGCCCUCCCAGCCGGCUGCACCCAUCACCACACCACCCACCUUCCCCUGUCCCGACUGUGGCAAGACCUUCGGGCAGGCUGCUUCUCUGAGGCGGCAUCGCCAGGCACACGAGGCCCACCCUCUUCCUGGCCCCUUUGCCUGCACCGAGUGUGGUCAGGACUUUGCCCAGGAAGCAGGGCUGCACCAACACUACAUCCGGCAUGCGCGGGGGGAGCUCUGAGAGUAGCUUACGCCCGCCCCAGGGCCAUAGGAGCUCUGUGGCUGGUGGGAUGCACGUCUGAUAUGGGAUGGGAGCCCUGGACUUUCCUCCCUGGAAAGGCAAAGGACUCCUGAGAAACAGGACCCAGAAGAUACUCAUUUGGAGCUUCAGUCUUUGGAGGACACAAAAGCCUUCAGGGAAACAGUCAAAUCAGACAAUAAUGAGAUCUAUUGUUUUUAAAAAAAAUUAACAGGAAAGAGGGAAAACUGUGAUUUGUAUCUCCCUCAUCCCCAAUUAAAUAGUUUGAAACUGCAACUA